AUGGUGCAUCUCAUCCUGCUUACCGUUCACCGCCCCCAGCCUCACCGUUUGCCUGAGAUAUCAAUCUUCGUUCUCUUUAUCUGCGUCAAUGCUGUUGUCAUUGGCAUUAGUCUAUCAGGCUUAAGGCGCGGGGAUGAUCCGGCAGACCAAAAUCCAGGCUGGACCACUUACGAACGCCCUGCUGCGUCGAUUAUUUCUAGGAUAUGGUUUUCUGUCCCCCGCGGUAAAGCUCGGGUUGAUCUUAUGGUGUUUAGCUCGGUCGUCUACGAGGCGUCGGUGAAAGGUACAGCUGUGGUCGUGUCUAUCGACUACACGGUACUCGCGAUUGCUGGUCUGCUUUUUUGGCGCGGAAUUCGCGGUAUACCAUCUCAGGGGCCUGUAAUCUGUGAAGUCACAAUCCAUGCACUUCUUGUUCUCGUAACAGCAGGGUUUGCCGCAGGUGGACUCGUCCACGACUGGCCCUUCUGGAUCGAAGUGAUGUUGAUUAUCGCUAUUGGUGCCUAUAUGGCUCGAAAUAAUUCCACUCAUUCUGGCGAACCGGGGAACACUGUGCCGUUAGCGAACUUCACGGACAACACAUCCGAUUUAGGCCAGCUCAGCCCCCACCAAGAAAGUCGUUCUGCUCGCCUCCCUUUCAUGACCGAGGAAAGCUAUACACAACUAGACGAGGUUCGGACGGCUCGCCCUGAAUCAGCACAUCUGAAAAUUAGGGCGGUGGCCUCAAUUUACUAUCCGGACCGGCCGAUCCUGGAGACGGGUAUCUUUGCUGUAUUAUGCGAGGGGUCUGAGGGGGACUAUCGGCGGGACCUGCGAUAUGAUGAAUUGACUGCUUGUAGCGACGGGGAAGCUGCGAUUCAAUCGUACCGGCUAGGUUUCAUUUCCAUUCUUGCCUUUAUCCCUGCUGUGGAAAGCCAUACUGAGAAGCUUGUCGUGCGGCUGGAUGCUUCUACUUCACAAAAGAGGCGAACCCUGGAGUACACAAACGGUUACUUUAGGCACGGCAGCAAGCGGAAGAGAACAAGCACCCUAGCGAUGCGAGAAAAUGCAGAACCCAACAAAAGAACCGACAGAUCUCAAGAUCGAGAUGACGACCAAACCACGGCCCAUGUUCCACAGACCGAAAUAGGGAGGAAAAGGCGAACCGAAGUUCGCCAACGUCUGAGGCUCUACUGCUGUACAAACAACCAAACGCGCGCAGUCCCGGCGACGCUUAGCCAAGCUAUCGAGAUCGAUGAAGACCCGGAAACAGAAACAGACUCUGUGCUCGAGAUGUUGCCUUAUUCUAAACCGAAGCAGAAGUGGAGAGAGCAACAACAAAAACGACAGACCUGGGUUAAUCGAGCCAUCAAGUGCUGCUCCUGCGAAGUAACUGGCUCGGCGGUCAACAAAUGCGCAUGUGGGCAUGAAUUUUGUCAUGCGGAGAUGGAGCCCAAUUCCCUCGGCGCGAGACAGUCAACCACAUGUUCAACCCGCCAGCGAAGAUAUCGCGAUAGAAAUUUCACUGGUUGUUCGACCUGCAAAGCAAGGCAUGUCAAAUGUGAUGAAGCAGCACCUGCCUGUCGCAACUGCAUAAAAAGGGGUUUGCACUGCGAUGGUGCAAGACUCUACAGAUUCGUUAACCCCGGUUCUGUAAAGGGAGAGUAUAAAGCUUUCAGAGGGAAAACGGAUCAUCAGCUCCAAACGACGGUGUCUCCAGCUCACACCCAUCGCCAUAUAAGGAUCCAACUUCCCCCUGCCUACGGUCCGUUACAAAGUGGGAUCCACGCUUCCACGGAAUCUCUUGCCAUGGAUAUUGAACCUAUUAAUCCCACCGCUGGUGACGGCAAGCCCCCGCUUCAAUAUACUCUCAACGAUGAGGCUCGCGAUCUCGAGUCCCAUUCCUCCAGCUAUAACCCGUACUCGAUUGACGAAGCUAAUUGGUACUCAGAAUAUCCCAAUAUCCGUGGUGAUGUGUUUCAUGGCAAUGAAGAAGUACCCUUGACUUUCAUUGUUUGCAUCUCGGAGCCUGUACUUCAAGAGCAGCUAAAGUAUUUGAAGGCUCAUACUUCUCAUCUACACUUUGUCUUUGGCGCAUUCUCUGAGAAUAGUUUUGACGGACCUCUGGCAUUACCGUACGCGCUCUGUCUGUUAAAAAUUCUCCGGCAACACGCAGGACAGCAACUGUCUGAGAAGAGGUUGGAUGAUACCAUCCAAUUCCUCUCCACACGGUUGAGAGGGCUUCUGUCAACACCUCUGUUUAAUACCGGUCGAGGUCGCAUAAGUCGUGUAUCACUUCUAUUUCGACGACAGGUGUUUCACAAGCGUCCACCUAGGCCCCUCUGGCCGGAAGAAUCUUGGAAACGGAGCACUGUUUGGGGUUUCACCCUGGAUGGCAACCUAACUCUGACAUUGUUUCUUGAUGGACAAUACCGUUUCAAGGUGCCCGAUGAGGUUUGGAAUGGUUUUAGCUCCUUGGAUUCGGGUAUUGCUGAUGUGGCUGUCAUCUUUGGCGUUGGCUAA